CCUCCUCUGUGCAGUGCACUGCUUCAGUCUCCUUAUCUCUUUCACUCCCAGAAACCUUCAGCAGCAACAAUGGCAGCGCCGGGCUCCCUAGGACUUCUCCAGGCGCCGUCCUUCUCCGCGGCCAAGUGCCGUCCGGUGGCGGCGAGCCGGGGAGCGGCACGAGCCGUGUUCGCCGUCCGCGCCUCGGCGGCUUCUGCGGCCACCAAGGACGCCGUCCUCAUGCCCUUCCGUGAGAACAGGGCUCUCAAGAUCAUUUCGGGGCUUCAGAACUUCGACAGGUCCAAUGUUGCGUCUGUCGUCACGGCUGCGGAUAAGGGAGGUGCUACCCAUGUUGAUAUAGCAUGUGACCAGGACUUGGUAAAGCUGGCGCUUGAGCUUACUAACCUCCCGAUAUGUGUAUCGUCUGUGGAUCCUUCAGCAUUCCAAUCUGCGGUAGAAGCUGGUGCUCAAAUGAUUGAGAUUGGAAACUACGACUCCUUUUACGAUGCAGGCAUUGAAUUCUCAUCUGAGCAAAUACUGAACCUGACAAGGGAGACAAGGAAGAUACUUCCAGACAUCACAUUGUCAGUAACAGUUCCCCACACUCUGAGCCUUCCGGAUCAGAUGAGACUUGCAGAGCUACUUGAAGAGGAAGGCGCUGAUAUCAUCCAGACUGAAGGCGGGAAGUGUUCUAGUCCAACAAAGCCUGGUGUUCUUGGACUAAUAGAAAAGGCAACACCAACAUUGGCAGCUGCAUACUCCAUCUCUAGGGCCGUCAGCAUACCGGUGAUGUGCGCAUCGGGGCUAAGUUCAGUGACUGCACCAAUGGCAGUAACCGCAGGAGCUGCUGGCGUGGGAGUUGGCUCUGCGAUUAACAAGCUCAAUGAUGUUGUGGCAAUGAUUGCCGAGGUGAGGAGCAUUGCGGAGGCUCUGGGGACGAAGGCUUCGAGGAAUGUGUCCGAGGACCUGAGAAGAGUUCACAAUUAGUAUUACUAUUCUAGGUCGACACGGCUUUUCUCUGGACAAACUCGAGAAUUCAGUAAGGAAUCAGGAGAUGCAGUUCCAACAGUUUAGCAUUUCUCCUGUCUGCUAGCCUUUGUGCAGAUAUAGAGAAGAUUGCCUGAAAGAGCUAAGAUAACUAAAUCGGUUUACGCCUUCCUCUUUAUUUAUUUAUCAUAUUAUAUCUAUAGAAUUGGAAGAUAUUCUUGCUGGUGAUAUGACUAGAAAGUGAUAAAGCUACUUUGAAUAUCAAGCUAGCAGGGGUCCUAUC